UCGUCAUCAAAUACACUAGUAGGCCUAUCCAACUGCUUAUCCAACUACUUAUUUAAUAAGAUGGGAAGAUACUUACUUGGAAUACUUUUACUUUUGAAAUAUUGCAUUUGCGAUGAUGUGGUGAACUUUGAUGGAGACAUUAAGGACUUUGUAGUUGGUAACAGUAAGUUAUUUGUUCUUACUGACCAUCGACUACAUCAGAUGAGACACGAUCUGAAUGAGGAGAAGAGGAAAGACAUCACUGAUGCCCCUCACCAUAACAGAGUCAACAUCCUGGUGCCUUUUGAAGCCAACGGCACCCUGAUAACGUGUGGGACUUUUAAAUAUGGAUAUUGUGAAGUUCUUGAUAUAAAUGACAUAACAAACAGUAUUUACUAUGAAAGUGAUAUAUUGGUAGGACCACAACAGAAUGAGAAAUCUGUUGCCUUCAUAGCCGGUAGCUACCUUUUGGUUGGGAAAAAAGAAGACGAUGCAAAAGCUCAAGAUGCCAGGUAUUCUGUUGCUAGCUUGUGGAACACUUUACAGUCUCAACCAGGAGGGAUUUUCUCAAGAACAGCAGAAGGAUCAGAUGCCAUCAUUCAGAGCACAGUGAGAGAUGUGGAGUUUGUUGACGGAUUCCAGAGAGUUUCGCCCUCAGAAUCCUAUUUAUUUCUCAACGCAAAGACUGACUCCGAGAGGAAAGUGCUCGUCCUGUGGAUGAACAGCUCUAAAGUAAAAAAGAUAGACAUAAUCAAAUCCCUACAGGCUGCAACGAUACGAUGCUGCAGUGAUAAAGUUCGUCCAGUGCUCGUCGCCUCCACCGUUAUUCCCUCAGUGAACGGUGUUAUUUGGGCAGGUGUGUUCAGUGCGCAGAAUCAGCAGGAUCCGGAGAACAGCGCGCUGGCUCUGUACGAUAUCAGUAAUGUUCAAGGCCGAGUGAAGGGCUUCUGCGCUAUUGGUGAAAAGCCUUGUGGAUCUGAGAGUGGUACUGAACUUCAGCCGCUCUCUGUGGUGUUCAGGUACAGCUCAAUGUCAGCAGCAGCAGCAAUGAGGAUUGAAUCCUGGAUUGUGUUGUUCAUAGGAACCAGUGAUGGACAACUCAUAAAGCUGAUGUUGGAUGAGAAAUUCACACCAGGCUGUCCAAUAGUGCUGUACAAAUCUGAUGAUGAACGUGCAGUGCUUCCCAGAAUGCCCUUUGAUCCAGUAGAUUUCAAACAUAUCUACAUUGCUCUGAAGAAACAGUUAAGAAGAGUGUCUGUGGUUUCAUGUGCUAAAUUCAGCACUCUGAAAGACUGCAGAGCUGCUCUGGAUCCUCUCUGCGGCUGGUGUGUGAACACACAGAGAUGCUCCAUCCAAGAUGAAUGUACAAAAUCUUCAUGGUUGUUCACCCCUAAAGACUCCCUUCAGGAUCUGCUGGUUUCUUUUCAGGUUUGGGCAGAGAAAUCUUCCAGCAAGAUUACUCUACAUCUUUCCUUGAGUCUGGAGAGCACAGGAAAUCCCACCUUCUCAUGCACCUUCAUCACAGGAAGUGUGAAGCUGUGUGACGGGUCUGAUCUGGAUGCAGUUUUCCCAAACUGCUACUGUAGUUUUUCUGACCAGCUACUAUCUACUGGAGGUUGGUUCUCUGUCAGUGCAGUGGAUUGGUGUUGUGUGCUUUGUAUUCAAUGUGCACACAUACCACACUUAAAGCAAGAUUUUAUUGUCCUCAGUACACUCCAGCCACUAUAUGUAUCUAAAUAUACUAUUUACAAAUAUAAUAUGACUGCAUUGAUGGCUAUCAAUUUUAUUGAGAAAUUUCUUACCAUUUCAUUAAACGCAGCUAUUGCAUGCAGCGAUGUAUGUAGUGAUGAGAGGAAAUAUGAAGAACCUGAAAUUCUCUCUCUGGAGCCCAACAAGGUUUCUUUCCAUGGCAGAAACAAUGUUUCACUAAGAGGAAGGAACCUGGAAUCUGUCACUAAAAUCCGUAUUCGAGGGGAUCUGGAGUGCAUUCCUAAAGAAUCUCCAGUGUUUGAUCGCUCCAGUGACACUUUAAGGUUCCACAUUCCUCCGAGUGGAACUAAAGGAACAGUGAAAGUGUGUGUUGUUACUCCUGACGACCGUUGUCAUGGUAACAGCAUCAUCACUUACAGUUCUCAACCCAGCUGCACUGGAAUACAGCCCACAGUCAGCUGGAGCAGCGGUGGAAGGAAGAUUCAUGUUCAAGGCAGCAAUCUGGAAUUUGUGGAAUCAGUUACUGUCAAUUCCAGUUAUAGACACUAUGAUCUGAAAACACAAUACAACACAAACUCAGGGGACAUGUGGUUUCACUCCCCCAAAUGCUAUUAUUAUAAUUAUGAAUGUGGUUCUUUAAGCUUGCAUGUGGGGAACUCCACUGUGGACUGUGGGUAUUUGUCCUAUGAGCAUGAUCCACUAAUCACUGGAUUCACCAGCUUACAGGUGGCCAAAGAUCUACAGGUGAACAUUGAGAAAAGGGCAGAUAUGCUGAAUUUGAGUAUGAAUGAGGUGACUGUGACGGGUCUACAGGGAGAUCAGCAGUAUCAGUGUGUUCUGGAGAAGAUCAAGUCCUAUUCUGUUAUCUGUAAGAUUAAAGGCAAAUUUGGAGCCGUCCCAACAGUGGACAAACUCAAUAUCAGUGUUGGGGAUUUUUAUAUUAUCCUAAGUGGAGAAAGACCAGAGUAUUUGCAAUUUUUUUCUAUAGUAUUUUCUUUAAUAUUCUUAUUCUUUUUUCUUAUCUUUUGUACUUUGUUAUUUAUUUAUCGGAUUUAAUAUAAUAGCUAAUCUGUUCUCCAGACAGCAGGUGGCGCCUUAUACUUACAUAUUAUGAUAUGCUGUAAAAACAUAGCCUUUCAAAGUUCUUACAGAGGACUGGUCUGUUAUUUAGCACUGUAGUACAAUUAUUUUGCAUUAGAAGGCUUUGAUUGUAUCUCUUUCAUUGUUCUCUUAUUAACCUAAUAUUUUGAUGUUAUCAGUAUACUGUAAAACAAAGUAUAAUUAAAUAAACAUUUUUCC